AUGGCCCUCGUCGUCUUGCACUCCACGCCGCUGCUCGUCCUCAACGCCUACGUCUUCCCUCCCUCUUCUCUCCCGCGCUCGAUCCCGCUUUCGGCCCGCCGCGCCCUUGCCAUAUGUGCCUUCGCGCUCUCCAUGCCUGCGCCGCCGCUCACGUCCUGCCGCCCGUCCUCUAACAAGGCCAUAGCUCCCCGCGGUACCGGAUCGGAGCUCAAGCGGCGCGUCUUCCGUAACGUCUACUCUUCGCGCAAAGACCAAGAGCGCAUGGAGACCGGCUGGAUGCAGGCCCGGCCGGUUAUUUCCUGCGGGAAUGAAAGCGUGCAAUCCCUCAUCUCGUCGUCUCACGGACUCCACCGCUCGCCCGCUCGCCCGCUCCCGACCGCCGUCGCGCGCGCGCGCGCACGUCGCAAUCGAACGCCGUUUUCGACAGGGCGCAUACAGCCAGCAACUCGCGACGCUGUCCGUCAUCUUGCCCUCCAGCCGCUGUCCUCUGUCUGCAAACGCGCACGCCGUGCUCUGUCUACUCGCCUCGCCUUCGACGCCACAUCCUCGCCCUCUCGUUCAAGUCUGCCCACUCAACUCCUGCCUGCGCUCUUCUCAACGAAGCCUAUCUCAUCCCUUCUCGCGGUCCCCCACCUCUUUCUGCGAAUUCAGUCCGCGCUCUUACCCGCCCGGACCAUUUCCAACCGUUUCAAGCUCCCACACAAGCCUGCGGCGCUCGCCAGACUCGGUCUCCAACACGAGCUACCAGAGCCCGGCAUCGACACGGCUUCCCUGAUGCCUCGUGGUCAGUACGACCGGUCGUCUCCUUCACGGGCUUCGCGUACUCAAACACAUGCACGUUUCUUCGGCGCACUUCUUGCCAUCAACGUUAACGGCACCACCGGACUCUUCUUCACGCCUGCCCAAUGCGGCCAGUGGCAGAUCGUCCAAGGCGUCCUCCUCCAGCUGAUCGUCACCACCGUCGAUUUCAUUCCUAUCACACGCAAUGCCCACACUGUGUCUCUCGGCGCGCUCUUCUUGGCCGAGCUCGUAUCGCUCUGCUACAUCCUCGCAGUAGUGACCCCACGGCUAACAUACAACGACGCAUGCUAUGUCACCUCCAGCCCGCCCAUCUUCCAGUACUUUUGGGUCAUCUCGCUCGCGUUCGAGACCGUCCUCUUCGUGCUCACCAUCGGAACGUUCAUCGACGCCGUCCGCCAAGGCUGGGGCAAAGGCCCCGCCAUGCAGCAGUUCGUCGCUGACGGGACGUGGGCGUACACCCUCAUCUUCAUCGUCAUGCUCAUCAACAAGAUGCUCUACAAGCUCGUCCGCUCUACCCUUACGGAUGUCGUCCUCUCCUUCGCUGGAUCGCGCCUCAUCCUCAACCCGCGCCGCGCGUCGACGAUCCACUCCUCCCCCGGCGACAUCACCCGCAGCCAGCUCGACAUCGAGCUCUCGCGCCUCUCGCGCUUCUCCGCGCUGCCUGCGCGUGCCCCGCGGCACCGCGCGCACGGCAUUGCCGUCACGAUCGAGCGCACGACGACGACGGACAACUUGGAGGCGCACAUCAGUCGCGCGCGCGCGCGCGAGUGUGUAUGA